CGCAUACUGGACUAUUUAAAAGAGGCAGAGCUGGAAAACGGCGCUCGCUUCAAUUAGCGCUCCUCAGACGGAUCCCCGGGUGGACAUUUUUUCUUUAUUUUCAUCCCAGCCUCUCUGGAUUUGUUUUGUGUCUGUUUCUGUGCAGAGCCCCCUGGCAGUGCAUGUCUAUGCCUAAUCGUGAAAUAUUCUGGCUAAAAUAAGCAAUCGGUGAAUGGGAAACAGACACACCGAACCAUCGCCACCUUCCCCCCAUCUUGACACACACGUGUGCCUUCCUAUUGGUGAGGUUUGCGCACCCUACAGCGGAGCCCGUGUGUGCGCUCAGCCGGGCCGGGCGCGCGUUGUCUGGGAGGAGUAGACGGGAUGGAGUCGUUUUUCACAGAGGGGGCUCGAGUUUGGGUCAGGGAGAAGGAGCAGCUGCUUCCAGCCAUUGUCAACUCCUGUGGAGAUGGGACCCUUGUAGUCACAACCGACUAUGGAGAGGUGUUUUACCUACAGCAGGCUGAGGUCACUAGGGAGCGGGUGUACGCUAUGCACCAGUCCAGUAUCGACGGGGUAGAGGACAUGUCGGCUCUGGCUGAGUUGCAUGAGGCUGCAAUCAUGCACAACCUUUACCAACGCUACCAGAAGGAUAACAUUUACACCAAUAUUGGAAGCAUCCUGGCUGCUGUCAACCCAUAUAAACAGAUCCCAGGUCUGUAUGACCUGGAGAGGGUGGACUUGUACUCCAAGCACCAUCUGGGGGAGCUCCCUCCACACAUUUUUGCUGUGGCCAAUGAAUGUUACCGCUGCAUCUGGAAACGCCACGACAGUCAGUGUGUCCUCAUAAGUGGUGAAUCAGGGGCAGGGAAGACGGAAAGCACUAAACUGCUGCUGCAGUUUCUGUCGGUGAUGAGCCAGAACUCAGUCGGGACUCCUCAAUCAGAGAGAACUACACACGUGGAGCAGGCCAUUGUUCAGAGCAGUCCAAUCAUGGAGGCUUUUGGGAAUGCAAAGACUGUUUACAACAACAACUCCAGUCGUUUUGGGAAAUUCAUCCAGCUUCACUUCUCGGAGUGUGGCAACAUCCAAGGAGGGUGUGUCAUCGACUAUUUACUGGAAAAGAAUCGUGUGGUGCGACAAAACCCCGGAGAGAGAAACUACCACAUCUUCUAUGCUCUGCUGGCAGGAGCCAGUAAAGAGGAUAAAAGCCUCUACUUCCUGGAGGACCCUGCUGAAUCUUUCCACUACCUCAGCCAAUCAGGUUGUCUGAAGGAUAAGAGCCUGAAUGACAAAGAGUUGUACAACAGUGUUAUGGAGGCGCUGAAGGUUUUAGGGUUUACAGAAGAAGAGAUCAGAGACAUGUUCAAACUUCUGUCAGGAGUCCUACAGCUCGGCAACAUGGAGUUCAUGCUUGCAGGAGGAGCUCAGAUCACCACCAAGCAAGUGGUCAGUAAUGUCAGUGAUUUGCUGGGCCUGGAUGCCUUCCAGCUCUCUGAAGUCCUGACUCAGCGAUCCAUAAUUUUAAGAGGAGAGGAAAUCUGUUCGCCUCUCACUAUUGAGCAGGCCAUCGAUUCCAGGGACUCUGUUGCUAUGGCGUUAUAUUCCCAGUGUUUUUCCUGGAUAAUCCUCAAGAUUAAUCAGAAGAUCAAAGGAAAGGAAAAUUUCAAAUCCAUUGGCAUCCUUGAUAUCUUCGGCUUUGAAAAUUUUGAGGUUAAUCGGUUUGAGCAGUUUAACAUCAAUUACGCCAAUGAGAAACUUCAGGCGUACUUCAACAAGCACAUCUUCUCCCUGGAGCAACUGGAGUACAACAGGGAAGGUGUUCAGUGGGAUGCCAUUGACUGGAUGGACAAUGCGGAGUGUCUCGACCUCAUAGAGAAGAAACUUGGCUUGUUGGCUCUAGUGAAUGAAGAGAGCCGAUUCCCCAAAGGAACAGACUUCACUCUGCUGGAGAAGUUGCACAGCAGACACUCUACAAACCCAUACUAUGUGAAGCCCAGAGUUGCAGAUCAUCAGUUUGGGAUCAAGCAUUAUGCUGGAGAGGUGCUGUAUGAUGUGAGAGGAAUCCUGGAGAAGAACAGAGACACGUUCAGGGAUGACAUCCUGAACAUGCUCAAGGACAGCAGGCUGGACUUCAUCUAUGACUUGUUUGAGAAGGUCGGCAGCAGAAACAAUGAGGAGAAGAUGGGGACAGCCAGACGUAAGCCCACAGUGAGCUCCCAGUUCAGGGACUCCCUCCAUGCUCUUAUGGCCACUCUUAGCGCAUCCAAUCCGUUCUUCAUUCGCUGCAUUAAACCCAACAUGGAAAAGAAUCCCCAUGUGUUUGACCCUGAGACCGUCCUGAACCAGCUAAGAUAUUCAGGGAUGUUGGAGACUGUGAAGAUCCGUCGUGCUGGGUUCCCCGUUCGCAGAACAUUCAAAGAUUUCUUCUUACGGUAUAAAAUCAUCUUAAAAGACAAAGUACCAGCAGCAUGGGAUGAUAAGAAAAGAAGUACUGAUCUCUUAACUAAAUAUGAUAAGACAAAGAAAGAGUGGCAGCUGGGAAAGACCAAGGUGUUCAUGAAAGAAUCUUUGGAGCAGCGUUUAGAGAAAGACAGGGAUGAAGUCCGGCGUCAAGCUGCCAUGAUAAUCCGAGCCCAUCUACUGACUUUCUCUGCAAAGAAGCAUUUCAAACAGGUUCGCUCCAGCAUCGUCGUUCUGCAGAAACACUUGCGGAGGCGCAUCCAUCGUGGACAGUUCGUCAAGAAGCGUAAGGCAGCGCUGGUGCUGCAGAAAUACAGGCGUGGUCAGGUGGCCCGAGCCCGCGUUCAAAAACUCAAGCAAGAGAAGAAGAAGAGUGAAGAGGAACAAAGGAAGAAAGAGGAGGAGGAUAAGAAGAAGAUGGGUGAAGAGGAAAAUGAAGAGGAGAAUGAAGAAGCAGAUAAGAAGGAUGAAGCUCGUCAAAUGGAGGAGAUCCUCCAGCUGGAAAGAGAGAUUGAACGCUUGCAGAAAAAGCGAGAGGAUGAGGUGUCGCAGCUGUGCGAGUCCUCCAAACAGGAGUUACAGUUGCGUCGAGAUGCUGAGCUCAAGCGAAUGAAAAAGGAGGCAUCCCGGAAGGCAACAGAGCUGAUAGACCUCCUAAACUUUAGGGGUGUGGAUCCUUCAGUGGAAGCCGUUGGAGCCAAGCCUGUGGCGGAGGUGAAAAAGGCAAAAGGGGCAAGCACAGCUGGAGGGGCAUCUAAGGAAGAGGAUGUAGACGAAGGCUUUCAUGCUGAGGAAGAGUGCAUCCCCCUGCCUGACUUCCCUCCUCCUGCUGAGUCUGAUGCUCCCAUAGAUCAGGACAUAUUUGUUCAUCUCCCUCCUCCUCCUCCUGCUUUUGCAGAGGGAACUGUUCCCCCUGCGCCUCCUCCACUUCCAGUAGACGGCAUCCCUGCUGUUGGAAUUCCUCCGCCUCCUCUGCUCCCUCCACCUGGAGAUGGCACUCUCGUUCCUCCACCUCCGCCACCAUCAUCUCCUCCAGGAGAGGGAGAGACAAAAGAGGAAACUAAGCCAGAUUCAGAGAGGAAAGUGAGCAUGGUGGAGAGCCUCGUGGAUGGAGAGGAGCCCAUCUACAGCAUGCCGGCCGAUACGGAGUCCGACUACGAUCAGGAAGAUGAGGAGGGAUCUGUCACUGCUGGGGACGACAGCUCGGUGUCUGGAAGCAACCGUGGGAGUGCUGCCGUGACGGAUGAGGAGCAUCCAAGGAAGUCAACCUGUACCAACACCAGCGUGGAGUCCUACAGAGGCAGCUCUGACUCUGUGAGGACACACACUUACUCGCAUCCUCACAUGCGUGCACGCAGACAUUAUGCAGACAGUGAAGAUGAACACGAUGGCAUGAUGGACACUGAUGAAGAGGUGACGAAUGGACGAGUGACUUUGCUCAAUGGAAAUGGGCCACCGUAUUUCCAUGGUUACCUCUACAUGAAGGCUGGUCUGAUGAUACCGUGGAAGAGGCGUUGGUGUGUGUUAAAAGAUGAGACCUUCAUGUGGUUCCGGUCCAAGCAGGAGUCACUGAAGUCUGGGUGGCUUUACAAGAAGGGGGGAGGGCUCUCCACUCUUUCCCGGAGGAACUGGAAGAUGCGCUGGUUUGUUUUGAGAGACAGCAAGCUCAUGUACUAUGACAACGACAGCGAGGAGAAGCUGAAGGGAACCAUCGACAUCCGAGCGGCCAAGGAGAUCGUGGACAACCACGAAAAAGAGAACGCUCUGAACAUCGUUACAGAUGAGAGGACGUACCAAGUGUUUGCUGAGUCACCUGAAGAUGCAAGUGGAUGGUUCAAUGUCCUCAGUAAGGUGAGAGUGUGCACUCCUGAACAGCUGCUGGACAUGUCCCAUGAGCAGGCCAAUCCUAAAAAUGCUGUUGGAACUCUUGAUGUAGGACUGAUCGACUCUGUUUGUGCAUCAGACAACCCUGAUCGCCCAAAUUCAUUUGUCAUCAUUACGGCCAACCGGGUGAUCCACUGCAACAGUGACACACCAGAGGAGAUGCACCACUGGAUCAGCCUGCUGCAGAAACCCAAAGGAGACGCCAGGAUAGAUGGACAGGAAUUCCUUGUCAGAGGUUGGCUCCACAAGGAGAUGAAGACGAACGCUAAGAGCACGUCCCUGAAGCUGAAGAAACGCUGGUUUGUUUUGACCCACAACUCUCUGGAUUACUACAAGAGCUCAGAGAAAAACUCCUCCAAGAUGGGGACUCUGGUCCUUAACUCUCUCUGCUCUGUCAUCCAGCCGGAUGAACGGGUGCACAGGGAGACUGGCUACUGGAACAUCAUUGUGUAUGGAAGGAAGCAUUGCUAUCGUCUCUAUACUAAAAUGCUGAAUGAAGCCAUGAGAUGGACGGCUGCAAUCCUGGGAGUCAUAGAAAGCAAAACCCCAAUCGAAACUCCGACUCUGCAGCUCAUCAGAGAUAUCAAGGAGAACAGUGUAAACCCAGAAAUAGUGGAGCAGAUGUACAGGAGAAACCCUAUCCUCAGAUACACUCAGCAUCCGUUGCAUGCUCCUCUGCUGCCUCUACCUUACGGAGAGGUCACCAGCUUGCAUAGGCAGCAGGGCUACGCCAGCCUGCAGGAUGAGGCAGUGAGAGUUUUCAAUUCACUGCAGGAGAUGGAGACGCUGGCAGACACGGUGCCCAUCAUUCAGGGCAUCCUGCAGACCUGCCAGGAUCUGCGCCCUCUCAGGGAUGAGGUUUAUUGUCAGGUGAUCAAGCAGACCAAUCAUGUGCCUCAACCUAACAGCCCAGCCAAUCUGGCACACUGGCACCUGCUCACCUGUAUGAGCUGCACCUUUCUGCCCAGUCGAGCCAUCCUCAGAUACCUCCGCUUUCACCUUAAAAGGGUACGAGAGCGUUAUCCCGGCACAGAGAUUGAGCGUUAUGCGAGCUUCAUUGGGGAAUCCCUGAAGAAGACCAAAACUCGUGAGUUUGUUCCAUCUCAGGAGGAGAUCGCGGCCCUGCUGCUGAGACAGGAGAUGAGCACCACUGUUUACUGCCAUGGCGGAGGCUCCUGCAAGAUCUCUAUUAACUCGCACACCACAGCUGGAGAGGUUGUUGAGAAGCUCAUCAGAGGUCUGGCCAUGGAGGACAGCAAGAACUUGUUUUCUCUAUUCGAACACAACACUUUUACCGACCGAGCACUCGAGAGCAGAGUGAUUGUGGCGGAUGUUCUUGCCAAGUUCGAGAGACUGGCAGGCAGUGAAGAGGAUGAGGAGGAGGGAGAGUGGAAACUGUACUUUAAACUGUACUGCUUCCUGGAUGUAGAGAGCAUGCCCAAAGAGGGAGUGGAGUUUGCAUUCAUGUUUGAACAGGCCCAUGAGUCUUUAAUCAGCGGCCACUUCCCAGCUUCAGAGGAGACUUUGCAGCACCUGGCAGCUUUACGUCUCCAGUAUCUCCACGGCGACGGGGCAGGUCGGGCUGGAUGGAGUCUGGGAAGCGUCUAUCCAAUCGGACGCCUUCGGAAUCGCAUCUUGCAAUCCACCAAACCGGGAGUAGGUGCUGCGGGCGGAUCGAGAGGCAGUGGAGGAAUCGGAGAUGUGAUCGGCACUAUUGGAGGUCAGGGCGGGACCGGGUCCAGCACUGAGAAACGAAAGACUCCAACCUUCAGGGAUUCUUCCUUGAGGAAGAGCAAAACGGGUUCUCUGAAGAAGCAGAAGGUGGAAGGGGAGCAGAGGCUGGAGAUGUGGGUGAAGGAGGAGACCUCUGCAACACGCACCAGCAUACUGGAGAAGUGGGCCCGUCUGCAAGGCAUCCCACAGCACCAGGCCAUGCUGAAGUACAUGAGCAUAAUCAAGGAGUGGCCUGGAUAUGGCUCCACUCUCUUUGAUGUAGAGUGUAAGGAAGGCGGUUUUCCUCAUGAUCUGUGGAUGGGUGUGAGUGCUGACAAUGUUUCUGUGUAUAAGCGAGGUGAACCGAAACCACUGGAGACCUUCCAGUAUGAGCACAUCACCUUCUUUGGAGCUUCACAACCCUGCACCUAUAAGAUCAUUGUGGAUGAGAGGGAAAUGUACUUCGAGACUCCUCAGGUUGGGGAGAUCACCAAGAUCAUGAAGGCCUACAUCAACAUGGUGGUGAAGAAACGUUGUAGCAUCAUGUCUGUGACCAGCGUGGCUAGUUCCUGGGUCAGGUGAUCACCAAACUGUGGUCCUCAGUUCAUCCAUUCAGCAGCAAUGGGCUCCUUCAACUGCCAUGUUAGUGUUUUGCUCCUGAUGACGGCAGUUGCAGCAGCCAGCGUAUCCAACAGGUUGGGUCAGUUUAAAUAAAUAGCUGUCAAAAGCGAAUUUUGAACAUAUGGAAAAUGAAGCCAAAUGCAAACACUUCUAGUCUGAGUUCUACUUGGAAUUAAAAAGAGCAUGGCAGAAAAAAAUAAAUCAGUAGAUUUGACUUUCACCUGGAAUAUACACACACCCCCUGCUGUUGUAAUGUAUGUAGAAGUUCAAGCACACCACAAACUGCUCCCCAUUUUUCCAUUUUCAGGCAAAAAAAGAGAAAAGAAAAUAAUAACAAGCACAAUUUGGCCACCCAGUCUUCAGUUGGCUUCUGCGUCCUCUGCGCACUGCCACACUUUAUCUUUGUUUGCCUCUCAUUCCUCUGAUUUUUGAUCUCUCUCUUUCACGUCAUGUUUCUUUAUUCUUAUGGCAUCUUAUUUCUGUUGCCAUUAGGUUGUAAGGUUUUACUCUUUGUCUUGCUUGCUUUUUUGAUGUCGUUUCCAGGCGUUUAUCUUUAACGUCAAUGCUUUUCAGUAAAAGUACUGAAUAAUAAUUAUUAUUUGCGGAGAUUUGGGCAUCCGUGCCCCAUAUUGUGUUCACAUGCUCACUUGUUAGUGCCACCAUGUGGCCACAAGCAAAAUACAGCAACAGCAAGUGGUUCUGAGUUUUAUGAAGAGAUCCAAGGUUGUUUUGUGGAAACCUUUCCACAGAACAAGCUUGAACAACCUUGAAGGACUAAUAUCUAUUUAUGUGAAGAUAUAACACAUCCUGCAUAAAUCUGUAUAGUCACAAAUAUGUACACAUAAACUAAACAGAUGUAUCAUUUUCUAUGAAUCACACACAUGUUGAAAAGUGUUUUUGAUUUCUUUUUUUGGGUGACUACUGCACUGUAAAUCCUAUAGAUGCCAUACCAAACACAAUGUGACACCUGUUAUGUAAAAUACAUGCAGCAGAUUAGUGUUAUAAUGGACACAGUACGUCUGAGGAUUUUGAUGGCAAUGUUGUGCAGCAUGCACUGGCUGUGACAUUAUUGUGACUCACUGAAAAGUAAAAACAAGCAGAAACCGGGUUAUUGCCGCUGGCUGCUAUCAAGGUCAUGUCUUCAUAGUCAUUGACAAGUUUACCAUUGUCAUUGUUUGCAGGAGUCACAGUCCCACUUUACCUUGAGCCAUAAAAUACUGUAUAGCCAUGUUUGGUUAAUCAUAAUUUUUUUUUGUUUAUGGAGGAAAUUCGGGGCACAUGUAUCAGUACACUAGAAUAUAAUAAAAAAAAUAGAUUCAUAUUUGUUUCAAGCUUUUGCUAUUGUUUACGACUAAGAAAAUCCAGAAAAUUCUGUUUCUCUCAAAAGUUGAAUAUUACAUAAAAUCAGUGCAGCGUGGCAUGGAGUUGAUCAGUCUGUGGCUCUGUUGAGGUGUUUAGGAACCCCAGGUUGCUUUAACAGCAGCCUUUAGCUUGUCUGCAUUGUUUAGUCUGGUGUCUCUCUCCUUCCUCUCAUCAAUACUCCAUAGCUUCUCUGUGGGGUUCAGGCCAGUUUGCCAGCCAACCAAGCACAGUAAAACCAUAGUCGCUAAACCAGGUAUUGGUACUUUUAGCAGGGGAGGAAGGUGCCAAAUUCUCCUGGAAAAUGAAAUUAGCAUCUUCUUAAGGCUUGUUAACAGGGGGAAGCAGGAAGUGGUCUUAAAGUUCCUGCAAGACUCCUGCCCUGACUUUGGACUUUGUGGAAACUUCACAUUGGACCUCAAGCAGUUUGGAUUAUGUGCUUCUUAAAUUUUUCUACACUCUGGGAUCUGGAUUACCAAAUGAAGUGCACCACAAAAUAGACACCGGACUAAUGAGCAAUAGUCCAAUUCUUUUUCUCCUCAACCCAGGUAAGACAUUGCUGACAACCUUGUUUCAGGAGUGGCUUAACACAGCAGUUGUAUCCAAUGUCCUGGAUACGCCUGUGUGCAAUGGAUCUUAAAGCAUUGACUCCAGCUGCAGUAGACAUAUUGUGAAUCUCUCCUAAACUCUUUAAUGGGCUCUGCUUUACAUUCCAUUCAAAUUAUCACUGUUGCUAACGCACAUUUUUUUUCUUUCACUCCACCUUUCAUUAAUAUUCUUGGACCCAGCACUUUGUGAACAGCCAACUUCUUUAACAAUGCUCCUUUGUGGAUUAUCACAAAGCUCCCUAUGACAGUGUAGGACAUCCCAUAACAUUUCUGCCUUAAAAAUAAUGUUUUAUUGCUCUAGUGUAAUAUUUAGAUUUUCUAAGAAACUGAAUUUUAAGCCAUCAAACUGAGCAGAAAUAAACACUUGAAAUAUGUCAUUAGACGUGAUUUUCACCUAUUAAAUUAAUUACUCAACUAAUUUAACUCUUUACUCAUCUUCUAAGUUACUGAAAUGCAUGUGUACAAGCUCCUGUUUGUGUUUCCAGCCUGGUUAUAAACCUUUCAACUUAACAAUUUAUUGUCAAUAUUAUAUUACUAUUGUAUAAGCCCUCUAUAUUAUAUGUCCUUAAAUGUGAAAUCUGGAUUGCUGCUGUGUGGGGGAGCAUAUAAUGGAAAUGGAAAUAAGAACGAGAAGCUGUUGUACUGACUGUAUUUUUUGAAAAUGAGAUGUAUUUAUAUGACCACUUUUUGCAAGGAAUGGUGUUGUAAUUGUGAGUUUGAGUGAAGAAAAAGCAUGGGUUUCAAAGGGAGGGUAUGGAGCUUAUUUAUCACUCUAUGUAUUGUAUGUAUUGUAAUGUUUGUUUGGAGGGAACUGAAAACAUCCUGGGUUAUUGAUAUGGGUUAUUUGGACUGUUACCCAGGGCACCAAAACAAAUGGGGGGCAGGAUUUACAUGUACCAGUUUUACAUGACUAUCUAUUGGUUUGACGGUGGCAGAAGGAGGGGCUUGCUUAGGUUGCUUUUUAUACAUGAACCACCACUGAGAGGAACAGAUGAGAGAAACUUGUUGACGACAUUUUAAGAAGUUGUGGUACGGAUCUGUCUAAUCAUUAAGUGCACUGCAGUUAGAUGGCAGCAUUGCUAACAUGUAUUACCUCCAGAGACCUAUAUCACGCACAUCAAAGAGAUUUCUAUUAUUGUUUAAAAAAUGGUCCAACUCUUUGGUGCAUUUAGUUCAGCUUGCAUUCUAACUGAUUUUCUGUGGAGUUUUAACUUCAGCUACAUUAAUUUUGGGCUUUUCAAGCAAGAUAUUUCAGAGAAGAUGAAGAAAUUGGACAUAUUUGUUGCUUAAAAGUCAAACUGUAUAGUAUUGCGACAAUAAAAAAAAUACUAACAUUGGAAAUUCAAGGCUUCUAAUCGUUUCCAGUUGGAACACCCACAAAGAUUUUCAUGCAGUUUUGAUGAGGAAGUAAUAUAAUAAACACUCAAUAAGCUAAAGAAUAUCCAUUACAUGUUCAGUUUUAACUGUGGGUUUAAAAUUACCUGGAAAAGACUCCUCAAACCAUCAAAUACAAUAAAAAUCAGAAUCUUCUCACUAGUUUCACGUGACUCGGGCUAAACUAUACGGAGAAGUAUGAUAAUUUCAUUUCAUAAGCCAUAAUUUUGGAGCAACCUGGAGGGGAUCUGUUGCUGAUAUUACUGAUAAAGUGUGAGAAACUCACCCUGCAGCUGCUGAAACUUGAUCGGCUGGUGCAAAAAAGGGAAUUGAAAUUAAAAGUCUACAAUAUCUGAUCACAAAUUUGUCUUCAAGGCCAACUUCAUCACAAGGGCUCCUGUUAUCAGCCGCAGGCGGCCAAAGCCGAGCCCGUCAUCCUGUUCUGCCUGUUAUCAUCACUACAUAGUGAAUCAUUGUGCUUGUUGGAAAAAAAAUGAGAAAGAGAGAGCUGUGUGUGUCGUCUCUUUUUUAUUUGUAAAUGGCUUUACAAAAUUAUGCUUUAAUAAAUUAUUGGAAACUG